AUGAGACGCGCACGCAGAAACGACACUCAGGAUCCCGGCCGGAAGUUCUACUUCCCAGCUGGAAUCCUCGGCUUAUUGUCCGUAACAACGGCCGUCGGUGCGCGGAAAUGCUUGCCGGAUUUUCCGCUGGCCUUGGACUCCCUCCCGGUGAUUGUUUCCUCGAGUGAAGUCUUCGUGUCAAUCGUUGCUGCUGUCUACUGCUGCUUCGUCAUGGGUGAAGAACAACCGAACGACAACACUGCGAUCCAGUACGACGCAACUCAAGUCGACCCACAGGGAACGGCAUACAGCAAACCAGUCGAACCCUAAUACACCGGGCGCCUCAGGCACGCUUGCAACUAGCCAGGCUGCUGGUACAA